AUGGGUUCGGGGACGGGGGCGGGGAUGGAGAGCGGGGAUGGGGAUGGGGAUGAUAGCAACAUCGUACUUGUUAUAUAUGGCCCUCCUAGCAUAGGCAAGUCCAGCUUGAUUGCAGCCAUCGCUAAUCACCUUAACUAUGACAUCUACGAGUUGGAGCUAGCAGAUGUUGGUUCCAAUUCCGAUUUGAAGAGGAGGUUGUUUGCCAUGCCUGACCAAUCUAUACUUGUAAUCGAAGAUAUCGAUUGCACAAUCAUGCUGCAAAAUCGGGAAACAGAGAAUGAAGAACGGAGUACCAGAAAAAAUCAGGUGACACUCUCUAGGCUCCUCAACCUCAUUGAUGGUCUUUGGUCAUGUUGUACUGACGAACGCAUAAUAAUUUUCACAACAAAUCAUAAAGAGAAGCUAGAUCCUGCGCUGGUGAGACCUGGGCGCAUGGACAUGCACAUCCACAUGUAG